ACACGUCGGACAAUACAGCCUCCAGCUUUACCGCCAUUCGACGGAAACCGCCGUGCUCGGUCUGGGUGAUUAACCCUCACCUCCGCGCGUCGACGCUCGUCUCUUUGAAGAGAGAAGAAUGGACUUCAAAAAACACCUCUCCCACCAGCGAUAUCAUCGUUCUCCGCUUUUUGGUGUCACCCACGACGCUCGUACGGCGGCCGCCCCGUCCUUGCCCACCACCACCACCACCACCACCAACACUAUCAACAACACUAUCAACAACAGCAGCAGCAACAGCAGCAGCAACAGCAACAAUUAUAACACACACGCGUACCACGUUGCCUCGCGACGAGAAACCGAAAUGUCACACCAGUCGCCCUUCCACCAUUACCACCAGUCUUCCUCCGUGUCCUCCAUCGAGAAAUCCGGUUCGCAGGCGCCUUAUGCGUCGCUCCGGGCAGACACGGCGGCCACGGCAGCCAUAGCGUACCACAACCAUCGGUCCCACAAAAGACACAGCAGUGCUAGCAGUGUCAAGGAGGGAGGGUUCUUCCAACACAGUACGUUAAAUAUAUAUAUAUAUAUAUAUAUAUAUAUAUUCUUUAUAUAUAUUCUCUUAUAUUCUAUUUCUCAGCCACUGUGGCGCGGGAUCGCCCAACGACAAGAUGAGCGCUCGGGAGCGCUAGUCGCUUUUAGGCUCAGGGCAGCUCAGGGCGCCUUGCCUGGUUGGGCCUAGCAUGGCUCAGAUCCCAAAAGUCACGGGUUGGCCCCCGGCUCCACUGCUUUUGCAAGCUGCAGUGCGAUCAUCGCUCUGCUUCUAUCACGAGAAGAGGAACCCUUCUGCUCUUGACCAUCCUGUUUCUACUCUUUCUCCACCUCUGUUCUUCCGUUUUUUCUUCGUUUUUCUUUGUUGUGCAGUGUUGCCUUGUUUCCCUGCUGAUGCUUUAAGCCUCGCUGGCCCCGAACCAGCCCCUCCGCGACAUGAAUGCCCGGUCGCAGUCGCGC